UUAGAAUAACUCACGGCUAAUGUUUUCAGAUUUGCCCGGGAGUUUGUAUCGUCCAGUUUGUCCUUGUGAGUGAGGUGUUUUGUUUUUCUAUGGACACCGUUAAUAUGUAGACAGUACUUUCUAUCGACGAGACGACAUUCCUCAGCUAGUUCACAACAUCAUAUGCUAACUGUGAUCUUAAUUCACUUAGGGCCAAAUUUACAUUAACUCUGAGAAAUAUUUCUCAAGAAUAUAUAUUCUUGUUUAGUUUGACGGUAAAACGUUCCGUUUAUUUCUCAAGAUUUUUCAAGCCCCCUACCUCAGAAAUGGCAAUAUCAUGUUUCAUUCUGCACUCUGUAGAGGAUAAAAGUGCUCAUCAAACUGACGACAUUUUCACUAGACUUCGAGUUCGAGUCAGGUCAUCCCAAAAUCUUAUUUCAUUCUUCUAGUUGUGAUUUUUUUCCAUAACCUAAGUUAAAACCGGUUAACAUUAGUUCUGCGGAGGUUAUCUAUAUAAAUAAACAAAGGCUCUGAUACGGGACUAUGGAGUGUUCUGCUAGGACAUUCUCUGUCAUAAGAGAGCUGGUAAUUCACCUUAACCUUGACUAACCAAUUAUAUAAAUUGGACCUAGACUAUUCGAUCAACACUAAAAAAUCGUCUAUCUGCCUGGUGCUGUUGGAAAUAUGAUUAAUCAAACCAAAUAUGUUUCGUCUGUUUUCCCUCAUUGUUGGGCGUAUUAACCUAGUCACCGCCAUAACUGAAGGAUUCGUGGUACAGAAGUAGAUUUCCUUAAAACGUUUGAGGUACAACCAUAAUAUCCAAGGUCGAUUAUAGCUUUUUGUAGUAGGUUGUCAUAGGCAGUAGCAACACUUUCAGGUUGCCAUGUUUAUAUCUGGUAACAGGACGAGGUUUUGAAGUAGAUAAUAUAAACCUUCGUGUCAUUACUUGAAACCCUGCUAAUAAAGUAUACAAUUCCCUGUCUCUAAAAUUUGUUAAAAGUUAAUUAUCCUUGGAUUUAGAAUUAGUGAGAAUCCAUUCAGGCCAGUGACAUUUUCAGCGUGAUUAGAUUACCCGAUACUCUUUGCUAUCAUUGCAGAUCACUCUCUAUAGUUCCUUCGUAGAUUCUCGUGAAACAGCAAUAAAUUACUAAGCAUCAAAUAUAUUGACUCUUGAAAUCAUUUUCCAUAGUGAAGUAUGAGGUUAACCAGCCUAGUUAGACAACAAAAGAUUUGUCUUCAUGUGUCAGCAGAUGCUUUUCUGGAUGAAACAUGGGUCUUGUAAAAGUCUCACAAUAACUCGUCCGCGAAUAUAAUCUCAAUUCAUACUUAAUAAAAAGCACUUCAUGUCUAAAACAAUAAAUGUUUAACUGUCAUUCAGAACUCCAUGAUAACAUAGUGUUAUAAAGAAGAGAUAACUACCAAGUAUAUCACACUUUUAAAGGCUCUUUGCUUGAACGGAUUUUAUCGUACCGAAGUCUACUACGAACUUUUAAGUGAAGUGACUGUUAAAUACUGUUUGCUUUGUCUGUUUUUUUUUCUGUGUGCUAGUAUUCAGUUUCGUUAUUAUACUUCUGAGUGUAAACGCCUCUUAAAUUAGCCUCUCAAAAACUUACUUUCUAAUUAGAUAUGUGAUUGAACAGGUAAAACAAAACUUGGAUUAAUUUUAAUUUGGUUAUUUAUUCUCUGAAGAAGUGACUUACACUAAGUCACGAAACGUCAGAAAAUCCAAUUUUCUACUCAUUGGGAUAUUACAAAUAUAUUAUUUUUAUUUAAAACAAAAUUCAGUUUUCUAGUAUUUCUUGGCAAAAGUUUGGAAACUUCCAAACUCUAUUUCUUGUCUCCUAAAUGCAAACCCUGUAUAAGAAAUAUUGGUUCCUAGUUUUGCAGUCUGGACAGAUAAUAAAGAAGGCGGAAACAUCGGUGUAUAACGCUACAGUAAAAAAGAAAGUGAAUAUAUGGUAGUCAACAAGACUAAUCGCGAGUCAUAUCAUCGGACUUCAGCCAUACAAGCCACACUUCCAUACAUGGCUCAGACUAAGGGUUGAUGGUUUACCAAACUCGUGCAAGUUCUUUGUCUGGUUAUCUAUUAUCUUAUCCCAAUCCACUUUUAUGCUAUAGAUCAUAAUGGGUCAAGAAGAGCGUGCUAUGUAUGCCGACGAGUUAAGCAAUUCUGUGCAGUCCAUUGAUCUUGAAGACAUUACCCGACUGGACAAAGCAAAUCCUGAUGUGACAACGAACUCAGAAGACUCAGAAGAAACAUCCAUUCAGAAGUCAAUAAAAGCUGAAGCACAACCUAUCUUGCCUCCAGGAUACCGAAUAUCACACUGCCUCGCGGAAGGUGGAAUUGGAAGAGUAUAUUUAAUUGUCAAUCCUGAUACUAAGGAUUGUUUAGCAGCAAAAGUAGUCAACGUAUAUGGUCAAAGCAGUCUUCGUAGUAAUGCAAAAACUGAAGUUAAUGUAACACAAGUUAGGGCGGAACUUCGCCAAGAAGCUGAGUUACAAAGACGCUUAAAACAUCACAAUAUUGCCACUUUAUAUGGAAUCAGAAAUACUCCUACAUUCACAUUUAUGUUUAUGGAAUUACUGCCUGGUGGCGAAUUGUUUGAGCGUAUUCCAAUUGGUAUAGGAUUACACGUUCAACAGAUGUUUAUAUACUAUGCGCAGAUUUUAGAUGCAUUGAAUUACCUUCAUAAUGAUCAACAAAUAGCACAUUUAGAUGUGAAACCAGAAAAUAUUAUGCUCACAAAGAAGGAUAGAGCUAAACUGAUUGAUUUUGGAUGGGCUGUAGAUCUGCGAAAGCAAAAACUUAUUCAAGGAGCAGUUGGUACAACAAGUUAUGCUGCACCUGAAGUUUUUGGAAAAAACCCCUACUUUGGACCACCUGCUGACCUAUUCUCACUUGGUGUUACACUUCUCACAGCUGUCACCGGUCAACGUUGUUGGUCACGUGCCAGUUAUACAUCCGAUCCUGUAUAUCGCCAGUGGACCGAACAUAAAGAUUUGCACACAGGUCCUGUGUUUUCCCGACUUCCUCCUGACUUAGCCAACUUUCUCACACGAGCCUUGGCUCAUCGACCUUCUGAUCGUCUUACUAUUGAAUGCAUUAAAAAUCAUCCUUGGUAUCGCCUUGGUCUUGCCCGACGUCUAACUCCUGUUGCGUCACCGCGAAGCAGACAAGACUCAGGUGUAUCUGUAAAUACCGUCGUACCAAACAGUGACCGUACCAAUACUUCACGCAGCACUUAUCAAGGAGAUGCGCCAGUACCUUCAUCUCAGCCUACGCCAGUUUGUCAUGCUCAAUUAGAUUCUAUUAUAAAUAAUCUUCACUUAUCUCAACCGGCUGAUAUUGACAGUAUGCUAAUGGCGUCUCAGAUGGUUGGAGAUAUUGAUUACGUUAAGGAUCGGCUUGGUUUUUCCUGUCUCAUGCGCCGUAUGACUCGAUUCUUUUCAGCACUCUCCUCAGUAGAACAUACAAUGGAGGUCAUUCGAGCUGUCGUUGUUCAAAGGAGGCAUCUGCGGGCAACAAUCAAAGGAUCAAAUAACCUACUUGUGGAUAUUAAAACUCCGGAACAUCCAGGAACUGCUUUCCGAGUAUUGUUAUAUCCACUAGCUGGUUCAAUUCUUGUGGAUUGUCGUCGUGUCUCAGGUGAUGGUUUAUUGUUUCAUCAAACCUAUGCUGCAAUCUAUACAGAUCUUUCAGCUAUGGGUGCAGUAAAUAUAACACAUCCUUACUUACAUAUUUUGUUACCUGAAAGGCCUACAACGGAGCCUAAUAAUUCAAAUUUAGAUGACGGUACUUGCAUUUCUGAAAAUUCUCCAGUGGUCUACGGUGAAUUAACUCCAGUAGCAAUGGAGACAUAGAUUUCUUUCUAUAAUAACCUAUAUUUUGAUAGAUCUUUUGCUUAUCCUGAGAUUCUGUAUGAAUAUUUUUGCAAUAAUUUACUUUGAAACUUAUAAUGAUUUCUUUAAGUCGGUUUAGAUUUUGUCCUCAAGUAACUUGUCCCCUCGCCUCGGGGUUUAUUUUUAUAUCUGUAUUAGAGAUUGUUUAAUGAAUGAAGUGUUUCUGUAUGUUCCUAAAUACAACUUCUUCACAGAAUGGCGUCAUCAUUUAUUUGUGAUUGAUUGGGUUUGGUAAAACAAAUUGUACAACAGUACAUUGAACACAGUAUAUAAUAUACCAUUUUUCUCUUUA